CUGACCGCCGUGAUUAGCAGUGUUAGCAGAGUGAACCGUUAGCUGGAUCUAAAUAACGGCAGAAAAACAAACCGUCAGAGUUUAGUUCAGUAACCGGAGCAGAGAUGGACCCACACCGGAAGCUGCUGUCUGACGUCACGGACGAGGCUUUAAACCCGAGAAGAAGAAGAAGAAGAGUUUUACCCUCAGACAUCCAGGAAGUGAUCGUGGGUGCAGGCGUCCAGCAGCUGUUGGUGGUUAAAGAAGAGGUUCCCCCUGAGCAGCAGGAGUGGAGCUCCAGUGUGGACCAGGAGGACCCAGAGCCCCCACACAUUAAAGAGGAAGAGGAGGAACUGUGGAGCAGUCAGGAGGGAGAGCAGCUUCAAGGGCUGGAGGAGGCUGAUAUCACCAAGUUCCCAUUCACUCCUGUCCCUGUGAAGAGUGAAGACGAUGAAGAGGAACCUCAGUCUGAGGGACACCACUGUGGAGGACAAUUACAGGACAGGAACUCAGGUCCAGACUUAGAAACAGAUACUGAGGACAAGAAGCCAGAAGAUUCUUUAGUCGCUGAGAUUGAAGUACACCCGGUGUCCGGAGACUCUUCUGAAGCUGAGACUGACGACAGCGACGACUGGAUGGAGAACAGGGAACCUCAAUCAGGUUCAAAUUCUCUGACAAAUGAUGAACUUCCUGUUGGGGACGAAGAGAAAAUCUUCAGCUGCUACAAAUGCGGGAAAAGUUUUGGCAACAGCGGGUACCUGAACCGACACAUGAGAAUCCAUGCAGGAGAGAAACCAUUCACCUGUACCGUGUGCGGGAAGGGCAUCAUCGAGAGCCGAAAUCUGAAGAGACACAUGAGAACGCACACCGGAGAGAAACCCUUCAGCUGUUCUGAGUGUGGGAAAGCAUUUACUGACAGCAGGCAGAUGAAGAUCCACAUGAGGAGUCACACGGGAGAGAAACCAUACAGCUGCUCAGUCUGUGGAAAAAAAUUUGCUUUACAGACAAGCUGCAUCCGACACACAAGGGUCCACUCAGGGGACAAACGGUUCAGCUGCGACGUUUGUGACAAAGUGUUCAGCUGGCCUCAUCAGCUCAGGAACCACCAGUGUGUCGGUGGUCAGUCGUCGCAGCUUCGUCAAACAGAAGCUGAUGGAGAGAAUGGUGGAGGACAAGGACCAGCUGGGAACUCGGAUCCAGAUACCAAUGACAAGACCGGUGACUCUUCUGAAGCUGAGACUGACGACAGUGGUGAUUGGAUGGAGACCAGAGAACCUCAGUCAGGUUUAAACUCUAAAUCUAGUGUUGAUGAGAAACCCUACAGCUGCUCUCAGUGUGGGAAAUCAUUUGGUACUUUAGGAUACCUGCACCGACAUUUGAGGUCUCACAGAGGAAAGAAAAAAGUUUGUUGCACCGUCUGCGGUAAGGGUUUCUUUAAAAGCGGGUAUCUGAAGCGCCACAUGAGAACCCACACGGGAGAGAAACCGUUUAGCUGCUCCGUGUGUCAGAAAUCGUUUGCGUGGAGUGGGUAUCUCCACACGCACAUGAGAAUGCACUCGGGAGUGAAACCGUUCAACUGCUCCAUCUGCGGUCAGAGUUUCCUGCAAAAAACGCACCUGAGCCGUCACAUGAUCACGCAUACAGGAGCAAGACCGUUCAGCUGCUCUAUCUGUAAGAAAACCUUCACGCAGAGCGGCAGUUUGUACACGCACAUGAAAAUUCACACUGGAGAGAAACCGUUCAGCUGCUCCGUGUGUGGCAAAGCUUUCAGCGAACGGGGGAAGGUCACGAAGCACAUGAGGAUUCACACAGGAGAGAAACCGUUCAGCUGCUCAGUGUGCGAAAAGAGGUUCCUGAGUAAGGCAGAUCUGAAGAACCACACGGCGACGCACACGGGGGAGAAGCCGUUUAGUUGUACGUUGUGCGGGAAAAGUUUUAUACAGAAAGUGAACCUGACGAACCACAUGGCGUGCCACACGGGGGAGAAAAGAUUCAGCUGCGCUGUUUGCGACCGAAUGUUCGCCUGGCGGCAUCAAGUCAAGAGACAUAAAUGUGUCGGUCGUCAGUCGUCGCAGCUUCAAUCAGAGGAGCUGAACUAAAUUAGACGGAAACAAAAUCCUACAUGAACAGCUGCUAUAGAAGACGACUUUUGUAUCGGGUAAUCAUGAAACUGUACUCGCCAACUGAAGUCCUGAUGGCCGUCAAAAUUCAGGACUUUGGUGGUUACCCCAGUAGUCAGCAGCAUCCAUUUCCUGGUAGACAGCUGGUAACUAAUUUAAAGAAGAGUCGAUAAAGUCUUCUUUUAUCUGUCAUCAUUUAAAGAUAUAUCAUUAUGGACGUUUCUGCUGUGGCAUCUUUGAUGAACCACAUCUGCUGGCACGAAAGCCAAAAAAUAUUUUUAGCCACCUACAAAGACUUGCCUUUAUCAAUCAGUAUCAGUAGAAGUGUAUUUUAUUUGGAAUAUUUGCAGGGCUUUAUCCGGCACUCUUAGUCUAGCAGCUAGCGGAGUUUUCCUCCACUUGUCACUUAACAGCUAACACAUAUUAUUUACACUUUUUUUUCUCUUUUAUUCUCAUAAGUUUAUGACUUCAUUCUCGUAGAUUUACGACUUUAUUCUCGUAGAUUUACGACUUUAUUCUUGUGGGUUUACAACUUAAUUCUCGUAGUUUUGCGACUGUAUUCUUGCAGAUUUACGCCUUUAUUCUGCUGUGCAUGGGUUACACAUUAUUUGGAACUGAAGAAAGUUAGAAUUUUUUUGGAUCAGUGUUAAAUAAUCACCAUGUGUGGCUCCAGAGCCUCAGGUUGCCAACCCCUGCUCUAGCUGACGCUCAAGGCGCCAGCGUGUUCUGAAAUGUUUUCGUCAGUGGACUCUGGGGGCUUUGAGAUAACGGCUUCAAAUUCACGCCAGAAACAGCCGUCUGGUGACAAGGUACAGCGGUGAAAAUAUUCCAGACCUGUUAGACAUUUAAACUGAUACUGAUUUUUAAUUUUUUUAUUUUUUUGUGGCUAAAAAUGAGCCAGUUGAGGCAGCAUCGUUUAGUUGUACGUAUGUAAAUGUGGGGAAUUUCUACUCUGAAAUUACUGCAAUUAAACGUGAUUCGCUCCAGAGAAAACAGUAUGUAUCCAAUCAAAAGUGCUCUUCUCUUGUGGAGUCCCACAGGGGUCUAUCCUUGGUCCUCGUUUGUUUCCUAGAUUUUAUUAGUAAUUUUAUUUGCUGAUGACACCACUCUGUUUCGUAAGUUAGCAACUAAAAGAAAGAAGAAGUGUAGAGGUAAAUACAGAUGGUGUGCUCAUUACUGAAGUUGGUAGUAUUUGAAGUAGUUCUUGGAGACGAAAACCUUAGUUGGAAGCAGUAAUUCCGAUAAUACACUGCUCAAAAAAAUUCAAGGGGAGGCUUACACAGUCAAUGGAAACUGCAAUCAUCAACCCACUGAGUGCUGGAUUCAAAAUUACACUGAAAAUUGAAAUCACAGGCUAAUCCAGCUUGCCUGCACUCGUGACAACAUCUGAGCAUGCUCCUGAUGAGUCGGUGGAUGGUGUCCUGGGGGAUCUUCUCACAGACCUGGAUCAGGGCAUCAGUGAGCUCCUGGACAGUCCCAUAAGUGCUCAACUGGAUUUAGGUCAGGGGAACGAGAGGGCCAGUCAGUGGCAUCAAUGCCUUCAUCAUCCAGGAACUGCCUACACACUCUGGACACAUGAGGCCAGGCAUUGUACUGCACCAGGAGUAACCCAGGGCCUGCUACACUGGGAGGAACCCAGGGCCCUCUGCACCAGGAGGAACCCGGGGCUCACGGCACCAGCCAUUCUGAGGAUUUGCUUCCGGUACCUAACAGCUGUCAGGGUACCAUUGGCUAUGACAUUAACCCUUUAAAGCCUGACCAAAGUGGCUUAAUUUGUUUCAAAAAUAUUGGAUGAAGGCGAUGAGCAACAAAGGAAGAAAUGACCAAAAAAAAUUGCGAGAAAUUAGUCAAAAGAAAAAAAAAUACAAGAAAAUUAAUAAAAAAGAAAGAUAGAAGGUUAAGAACAAACAAACAUGGAAAUGACCCAGAAAAAGAGCCUAAGAUUUAUUUAAAACAUUUCUGUAACAUAAUUUUGAACUGUAAUAAAAAUUAUACUUUAGUUUUUCCAAGCUUUUUCUUUGUCCCUAUUUUUUUUUUUAAAUAAUUUGCUGAAUCUAUUAUUUUUUUUGCAAUUUGUUGGACAUUUUUUUACCAAGUUGCUCAUUGCCUUUGUCCCCCAUGUUUUUGAAAGAAAUCCCAACAAAUAGCUCAGGGCUCAAAGGUUUUAAUAGCUGCAAAAGGCAUCUGAAAGCUGCACAAGAAAAGUGAUGUUGCUCCAGGUUUCAGAGAGUUAAGGUCUGUGUGACCCUCCGAGGAUCUGUCUCCCCAGACCAUCACUGGUCAUGCUGGAU